CUCUCUCUUUCUUUCUUUCUUUCUCUCUCUCUCUCUACGCACACAGCACAGCACACGCAGCAUACAUAUCGGCCUCACCUCUGUCAAAACUCAGCGUUGUUUAACAGAAUCUUCGCCUUCCGAUCCUUCAUUCCGUCCACUCUUUCUCUCUCUCUAUACUCCCCAUUUCCACUGAUUUUCGCUACCCAUAUUCAUCAAUCAAUCAAUCAAAAGAGGAAAGGGGAAAUAUCCAAGAUCUGGGAGGAAAAUGGGAUCGUUAAUUCCCCCGGAACUCAGCUUGGAUUCUAGGUUUUCCUCCAAACCGUACGUUCAUAAAAACAUCGGUGACUUCAUUGCGGAAGUUUCGAGGAUUCACAGCGCAUCUGAUAAGAUUUUGAAGCUUGAAGAUUACGUUAAUAGGCUGCAAGACGAGAUGAAGAAGAUCGAUGCCUUUAAACGCGAGCUCCCUCUUUGCAUGCUCCUCCUGAGCGACGCUAUUGUAACAAUGAAGGAGGAGUUAGCUCAGUGCAAGAAAUCAAACGUGGAACCAGUUUUGGAAGAAUUCAUACCAUUGAAGAAAAGCUGUACUGAUGACAAAGAUGAUAAAGUUGAGAGUAGUAAAGAAAAUAAUAUUAGCAGCAGAGAUAAAAUGAAUUGGAUGAGCUCUGUGCAGUUAUGGAACUCCGAUAAUCAUCCUAAUUGUCCAAGUACUGAUUUCAGCAACAACAAACCCAUCUUAAAACUAGAUAAAAACAAACAGAUAAUGGAGGAAGAAAUAACUCGGCCGGCAAUGGAUAAUUUGUUUCAGAGUAGCAAAAGCAGGACAGUGUUAAGGGCUUUUGUGCCUUUUAAGGGCUGUAAUAAUUUUCCGGUAAUGACAGUAAGGAAGGAGGACAGGGAUGAAUUGCCAGUUCCAGGGCUUUCUCUUUGCACACCAGAAAUCAAGAGUUCAAGGGAAGAGAUUAGUUGUAUUGGUUUUGGCCCAAAAUUCAGUUCCAGUAAAUCAGUGUCCUCUCCCACAACUAAUGUUGAAGCAAAUCUUAAGGCUGCACAGCAACAAUCUGCUCGUAAGCAAAGGAGAUGCUGGUCGCCAGAAUUGCAUCGCCGGUUUGUCAAUGCUCUGCAGCAGCUUGGAGGUGCUCAAGCCGCUACUCCUAAACAGAUCAGAGAGCUUAUGCAAGUUGAUGGUCUCACUAAUGAUGAAGUGAAGAGUCAUUUGCAAAAGUAUCGGCUUCAUACUCGAAGGGUCACAACAAAAGCCUCGACCACUCAGCCUGUUGGUUUGUGGAUGCCCCAACAACAAUGUGGUGAAUCCUUGAAGCAUAGCAAUUCCCAGUCUGCUUCCCCUGAAGGCCCUCUUCAGUUAGCUGGAUCCUGUCAUGGAGGUGAUAGCAUUGAAGACGAAGAUGAUUAAAAAUCAAAGAGCCACUGCUGGAAGAGUAACAAACACUUACUGGGAGAGAUGAUGUAUAUUUGGUCCACCAUGGAGUUUUGCAGAUACUGAUAGAGAAUCAUGGGAGGACUCUGAUCGUAAUAAUAAACUUAAUAUACCAUACAUAUGAAAAGAUUUUGAGGCAGAGUUGUAUGAAAAUUUUGCAGGCUUAGACUGAAUUGAAUUCUUCAAUUUUUUGUUCUUUCAUCAUAUGGAACUUCAAGUUAAGUCCCUCUCUUGAAAUGAUCAGUCAUCAAACCAUAAAAGAAAAAAAAAGGAAAAAGGAAAUUUUUGAG